AUGUCUGAGGAGGAGGAAUACUCUGAGGAGGAGAUCGAGGAGGAAGAGGAGGAGGAGGUUGUCGCCGACACCAAGACCGAGGAAGCCGCCCCCGCUGAAGCCGAAGAAGAAGAGGAAGAGGAAGAUGCCGGUGAAGAAGCCCCAGCUGCUGAUGAGCCGCCACCAAGCCCGAAAAAGCCUCAAGUCCAUCAGAAGACUCCCGAACCGACGGAGAUGACCGAGGCUGAGAAGGCCAUGCUCGCUGCCAAGAAGCGCCACGAGGAAGAAGAGGCCGCCAAGCUGCUCGAUUAUGAAGAGCGCCGUAAGGUCGAAAAGGCUCACAUGGAGCAGGAACUCCGUGAGCUGAAGGAGAAGCAGGAGGUCCGCCGUGCUGAGCGUGCUCAGGAGGAGGCCGAGUGGGAAGAGCGCCGUCGCACCGCUGAGGAGCGCAAGCGUAAGGAGGAAGAAGAGCGCAAGGCUAAGAUUGAGGCCCAGAAGCGCGCGAAGCUUGAGGAGAAGCAACGCCGCUCGAUGAUGAUGGCUGGAGCUUUCAAUGCCGCCAGCACUGACGUCGGUGGUGGCCGCAACUUUGAAGUGGUCAAAUCCGAGGGUGGUGGACCCGCAAGCUUGGCUGGUGGCUCGCGCAAGGAAGAGCUGUCGACCGAACAGCGCGAGGCCGCCAAGAAGUCGUAUCUGGACGCUGUGUGCAAGAACAUCGACAUUUCUGGCCUUUUGCCGAAUGACCUCAAGGAGAAGAUCAAGCAGAUUCACAAGCGCAUCUGCCGCCUCGAGGCCGAGAAGUACGAUCUGGAGAAGAGGCACGAGCGACAGGAGUACGACCUGAAGGAGUUGUCUGAGAGGCAGCGUCAGGUAGCCCGCCAGAAGGCCAUCAAAAUGGGUCUCGACCCCAACGAGGCUGCCAACUCGGUCCACCCGCCAAAGAUGCAGGUCGCCUCGAAGUUCGACAGACAGACGGAUCGGAGAACGUACAAGGACAAGUAUGAUUUGUUCGAGCACCCUGUUGUCGCUAAGCCGAAGACGAUCGCCCGAGGAACCGCCAGGCCGCCACCAGAAUGGGGCCGCAGGGAAAAUGAGGAGCUCGAGCAGAUCCGCAAGAACCUCGAGCCACCGAAAUAUGUGGAGCAGGUGAAGGCCGAAGGAGAUCUGGCCCGCCCGCCUGUGGAGCCAGUGCCCCUUCAACUCCCGGAGAAGGACGAGGAGGACGAGGUGCCCGUAGCCCCGGCUGAUCCGCUCCCUGAUUCAGAGAAUGCCGCCGAAGAAGUCGCCGUUGCC